AUGGCUCUCCCCGUUCCUGGCUACUCGCCCAGCUUCAAGAAGCCACCCGAAACACUGCGGCUCCGAAGAAAAAGGGGUCACAGGGUCACGGGGUCCCCGAUUCCUGAGCCAGUGGCUCGCCGCGCCGCCCUGGCCGCCGGAUUGUCCCUCCGACCCUUUCCUGCCGUGACGGGUACAGGCAGCAGGACCCCGGCCCGGCGGAACCCCUUCGCCCGCCUGGACAACAGGCCGUCAGCUGCCGCCGAGGUCUCCGACGGGCCUCCCUGUGAACAGCAGGAGGCGCCGGGCUCGGUGAGUGUUCCGGUUUUAGAUCCUAAUCAUGAAAGUGAUUUACAGUGGGAAGAAAAUGUUCCUGAAAAAAGAACCAUUACUGAAUUAUCCAAGACUUCACCUGUGUCUUUCCCUGAAACUGAUACUCUGUCCUCAGAAUGUACUGAGUUACCAGUGGAUUGGAGUAUUAAAACUCGACUCCUUUUCACCUCCUCUCAACCUUUUACUUGGGCAGAACAUUUGAAAGCACAUGAGGAGGCUCAAGGUCUCGUCUGGCACUGUAGAGCAACAGAAGUUACCUUACCUCAAACUGUACAGGAUCCCAGGUUCUCUACUGAGCUCCGCUGUGCCUUCCAACAGAGCCUCAUCUAUUGGCUGCAUCCUGCCUUGCCUUGGCUGCCACUGUUCCCACGUAUUGGAGCGGACAGAAAAAUGGCUGGAAAAAUAAACCCCUGGUCAAAUGAUGAAACCCUGCAACAUGUUUUAAUGAGUGAUUGGUCUGUCAGCUUUACUUCUCUAUAUAAUCUGCUGAAAACAAAACUUUGCCCCUAUUUCUACAUUUGUACCUAUCAGUUUACUGUCCUGUUUCGGGCAGCAGGAUUUGCAGGAAGUGAUGUCAUUACAGCUUUCAUAUCUCCCACAACUAGAGGUUUACGAGAAGCUAUGAAAAAUGAAGGUAUUGAAUAUUCUAUGCCUUUAAUAAAAGGAAGUAUUCUUAAGAAACAAGCAUCUGGAACAAGCUUGGGACAUGGGGAGGAACAUGCAGUCAGUGAUGAAGAUGAAGAGGAAAGUUUUUCCUGGCUGAAAGAGAUGGGUGUUCAAGAUAAAAUUAAAAAACCAGAUAUACUCUCCAUCAAGUUGCGUAAAGAUAAGCAUGAAGUACAAAUGGAUCACAGGCCUGAAUCUAUUGUGUUGGUUAAAGGAAUGAACACCUUUACAUUGCUUAAUUUUUUAAUCAACUCGAAGAGUUUAGUUGCUACCUCAGGUCCACAAGCAGGACUACCACCAACUCUGUUAUCCCCUGUAGCUUUCAGAGGUGCCACAAUGCAAAUGCUUAAGGCACGAAGCACAAAUGUGAAGACACAAGCUUUUUCUGGAUACAAAGAUCAAUUUAGUUUGGAGAUAACAGGUCCUGUCAUGCCUCAUUCGCUACUUUCUGUGACCACGCUGCUAAGGACUUCACAGAGUGGGUCUUUUUCCGCAGUACUGUAUGCACAUGAACCAACUGCUGUAUUUAAUAUCUGCCCUUCAGUGGAUACAGUAGUGGAUAAGGAAAAUGCUUGUAAGGAACUUGCCAACUGCGGGUUGCAUCCUAAGACGCUGGACCAACUUAGUCAAAUACCAUUACUGGGGAAAUCAUCAUUAAGGCAUGUCGACAUGAAUGACUACACUUAUCACUGGAGAUCCUGAACAUCAAAGUAAGCGUAAAUGGAAACUGAGGAAAAGCCUUCUAACAAGGAAAUCCAAGUUACUUUAA